GGACCGAGGCGAAAAUUAACGAAGCACCACUCGGAAGGACAGCGUUGGUAAACAUGGCGGCCAAAGCGCUUCGGCAGCGUACCAGGCGAGGCAGCAGACAAGAUGCAAACAACGUGAACACCCCCGCCGAAGCCCGACCACCGAAAGAGGACAAAAUCAGCGAUGACAGUAAAAUCACAGAGACUCGGCAGGAGUCAAUAAGUCGUGGAGGGCAGGUAUGGGCUCCUGAAGGUUCGACAGCAUUUAAAUGCCUGCUCUCUGCACGUUUCUGUGCAGCUUUGCUCAGCAACAUCUCAGACUGUGACGAGACGUUUAACUACUGGGAGCCUAUGCACUAUUUGUUGUAUGGCACAGGAAUGCAAACAUGGGAAUAUUCUCCAUUGUAUGCUAUUAGAUCGUAUGCUUACUUGUGGUUACAUGCCCUUCCUGCUUGUUUGCAUGCCCAUGUUUUACAGACAAACAAGGUGUUGGUGUUCUACUUUGUACGAUGUGUCUUAGCAUUCUGCUGCUGUAUCUGUGAACUCUAUUUCUACAAGGCGGUUUGUAAGAAGUUUGGUUUGCAUGUGGGACGUCUGAUGUUGGCGUUCCUUGUCCUGAGCACAGGAAUGUUCUGCUCAUCUGCAGCAUUCCUACCUUCUUCUUUCUGUAUGUAUACGACCCUGAUUGCCAUGACAGGAUGGUUUCAGGACUCAACACCUUUAGCUGUUACAGGCGUGGCUGCCGGUGCCAUCGUUGGAUGGCCGUUCUCUGCUUUGGUUGGGGUUCCCAUUGCUUUCGACUUACUGGUGAUAAAAAGGGAGUGGAAAAGUUUCUUGACCUGGUCAGCCAUCGCUCUGCUUCUGCUGCUGGUUCCCCUGGUGGCUGUGGACACUUUAUUUUAUGGCAAACUAGUUAUAGCUCCACUCAAUAUUCUACUGUACAAUGUCUUUACACCACAUGGACCUGAUCUGUAUGGUACAGAGCCAUGGCAUUUCUAUUUCGUAAAUGGGGUCCUAAACUUCAACGUAGUGUUCGCUCUGGCGCUGUUUUCCCUGCCACUCACGGCCCUCAUGGAGACACUGUUACACAGAUUCAAUGUGCAGAACCUGGGUCGUCCAUACUGGCUGACUCUGUCUCCCAUGUACUUGUGGAUGCUGGUUUUCUUCACUAGACCCCAUAAAGAAGAACGUUUUCUCUUUCCCAUCUAUCCUCUCAUCUGCCUCAGUGGGGCAGUAGCGCUCUCUUCUUUACAGAAAUGCUACCACUUCCUGUUCCAGCGAUACCGACUGGAGCACUACACAGUCUCCUCCAACUGGUUGGCUUUAAGUGCAGUUGUUGUCUUCACAGUGUUGUCACUGUCUCGCUCUGUUGCUCUUUUCAGAGGUUACCAUGCCCCUCUGGACCUGUACCCAGAGUUUCACCGCAUCGCCAAGGAUCCAACUCUACAUUCAGUUCCUGAAGGCAGACCGGUCAGUGUGUGUGUUGGCAAAGAGUGGUACCGCUUUCCAAGCAGCUUCCUUCUGCCACACAAUUGGCGACUGCACUUCAUUCAGUCUGAGUUUAAGGGGCAGCUGCCUCAGCCAUAUGCCUCAGAUCCAUUGGCCACUCAGAUCAUCCCAACUAAUAUGAAUGACCAGAACUUGGAGGAGCCAUCCAGAUAUGUUGAUGUUAAACAGUGCCACUACCUAGUGGACCUGGACACAGAGGAAGAGACACUUCUUGAACCACGUUACUCAGCCAACAAAGAGGAGUGGAACAUCAUUGCUUAUAAGCCUUUCCUUCAUGCAUCAAGGUCAUCUCCUCUCUUCAGAGCUUUCUACAUCCCGUUGAUAUCAGACCACCACACUGCCUACAGGCGCUAUGUCAUCUUGAAACCACGGCGACAAAAGCAGCCUCGUAAACGGACCCAUGGCUGAUUUUUGACCCUCAACCUGCACCCCGCCCAUCCCUAUGUACAAAACCCUAACUGGAGUUUGUCUCCUCCCCUCCAAACUGCUGGUAUUAGUGUGUCAGCGUGCAUGUGACUUGCCUCAUGAAACAUAUGGAGAAAUUACAACCUUUAAAGACUUACAGUCAGAUUUUUGGGGUUGUGUGUGUAUGAGAGUGUGUGAGAGAGUGAAGAGAAAAUGUGUAUGUAGAAUGAUUGGCAGUCAUUAGCAGGACAUUUUACCUGUUUUUUUUUUUGUGUGUGUGGAGAUGAAUCUCUAACAGGAAAUACCCAGUACAGGAUUUUACAUUUUAUAAACCCAUAACAGGCCAUGACACACACCCCAGUGUUUUCUUCGCAUACUGUACUUGAAAAUGUGGCCUGAAUGGAAGAAUUCAUCUGAAAAGUUAAUCUAAGAAAUCUUGUGUCUGCUUUUCUGGACAUACAGUAUGCUAGUGGUAGAAAUGAGUGUAAGAGAAAAUGCUGGAAUUCUAAUAAAAACA